GCAAGUUAUCACAUCUCGGCUACUGCACUUUCUUCCAAUUUCGACGCAAUUUUGGCAUCAAAUAUAGUAUCUGCCUGGAUUAUUGGCUGCUCAACCGAUUUUCUGAUAUUUUGAGUUCAAGUCGGAUACGAAUUUAUGCCACAAAUGGUUUUAAAUGAAUGAACUCCAUCCAGGAUGUAAUUGACCAAAAGGAUACUGGUUCUUAGCAUCAGUGUGCAAGCAGUGAGGUAGCGCCAGGCAGGAUGGGAACAGUCAAAGACCUCUACGAAUUUCUCGUAGAGGCAGAGCUCCAGCAUUAUUACAAUGCAUUCAAGAAUGAUCUCAAGGUAACGAGUGUCGGCCAAUUGAAAUAUGUGGAAGAAGAGGACCUGGCCGACAUGGGCAUGUCCAAGCCAGAGCAGCGCCGGCUCAAGAAGUUCUUCAAGAAAGAAUGUCCACAGGGGGCGUUCGGAAAAAUCAGAAAGCGUAUGUCGAUGCGAGUGGAUGGCAAGGCGGCCAUCAAGAGCUCGCCUGAUCACCGUCCGGCCGUGAAGUCAAGUAAACACAUCAUUCCAUUGGAUUCCAUUACGAUAUUGAAGAACCUUGGCGAGGGAGAGUUCGGCGUGGUGCAGCAGGGGAUAUGGACCAAUGAGGAUGGGGAGAGAAUACAAGUAGCAAUAAAGCGUCUUAACAAAGAGAAAAUGGAACCAAGUCCGGGACCAGAAACGACAAAGGAAGUGCCGUCAAUGCGUACAUCAGACUUUUUACGCGAAGUGACAGUCAUGCACACUAUCGACCACGAAAACAUUGUACGAAUGUUCGGAGUAGUUUUAGACAAGGACUGUCUCAUGUUAGUGACUGAGCUAGCGCCCUUGCGGUCGCUAUUAGAAUGUUUAAAGGAACCGAACUUACGGCUGAGUUUUCCAGUGACUUCUUUGUGUGACUUUGCGCAGCAGAUAGCGGACGGAAUGAAGUUCCUUGAGAGUAAACGGUUGAUUCAUAGGGAUUUAGCAGCUAGGAAUGCACUAGUUUUUGCCAAGGAUAGGGUGAAAAUCAGUGAUUUUGGUUUAUCUCGAGCAUUAGGAUUGGGAAAAGAUUAUUAUCAAACAAAUUUUAAUGUCAAUCUCAAACUUCCUAUAGCCUGGUGUGCUCCAGAGUGUAUCAACUACUUAAAAUUCACCUCUUCAAGUGACGUCUGGGCGUUCGGCGUGACGAUGUGGGAGAUGUUUUCAUACGGGUUCCAGCCUUGGGCGGCCAUGACAGGCCAACAGAUCCUCGACGCGAUCGACAAACCCAACUGUCAACGAUUGGAGAUGCCGGACUGUUGUCCGAAGGAGUAUUACAACGCCAUCAUGGUGAAAUGUUGGGAGCAUGAGCCGACGUCACGACCGAAGUUUUCUGAGUUAGUCACGUUACUGCCGCAGAUCAAGCCAGAACAAGUGAAGGCAAUCAAAGAUUCCCCUCCAAACCUGAGUUCUAAAGAUUACCUCGAGUACAAGGCCCACGACAUUAUCACAGUGCUAGAUAAAAGGCCGCAGAACAACCCCGAGUUAUACCGAGGAUGCCUCAUCACAAACGGAAAGACCGGGUUGUUCAACCCGGGAGACGUCGUACCCUACGCCGAGAUGAAACACAUGAGUCCCGUCUACCGCAAAACUAAGAUUAACCGAAAAGUCUGCACCCUGGAUUUUAUGGAAAAAGAGUCGAUGAGAAAGUCCACACUUCGAGGUCCCAAGAUCAGCGCUGACAUGAUCAGUGGUCCACAGAAUGACCUCCGACACACCGGCCAUAUCGGAUACGAUGGCGCAAUGUUCGGUGAUAUCUCGUUCAUUGGGGACGAAUACACGAAGCUUCCAGUCAAAGUCUCUUCACGUUCCCCAAAUCACAUGAACGGCUCAUCUGCCUCCCUAUCGCGAAAUGAACAAAACUCGGUGGGGACGCCGUCACCAGUCCAUGUCAGCCAUUCAGAUAUGGCCUUGUUUAAGUCUGCCUCAUCAGUUGGUGGAGGGUCAGAUCGAGGCAGUGAUGAGGGUUCAAGGUGGAGUGACACAUUGACAGACGUCAGUAGCAUGGCCAGCGUCUCAACGUUCACGGAAUCACAGACGGACACAGACACGCUGGACGGACGACGGACGCCACAGUACGAAGAAGUCGAUGAAGACGAUGAUUUCAAUUUCAAAAUGCCUGACUUUGACUUCAAAAUGCCAGAUAUGUCGUCUGACUUUGAUCUAGGCCCAUCGCUCAUGGACGAAGUAUUCAAAGCCUUAUCCGACAAUACUUCCAACGACCGCCAGGAGAGGGCGCUCAAAGCAAAGGAAAAAUCGCCUUCAUUGGAAUUCGACGACGUUGCUAAUGGACGGAGUUCGGGUCCGACGUCUCCCACCAAACACACAGCGCCCCCUAAUGGUGAGAAACAUGAGACUAGACUGAAGAAAUUCAAACAUAAGUUGGUUAACGUGUGGAUGCCACAGGCCGCCAUCCUUUACGAACAGGAAAUUAAGUCAGCAGCAAGAAACGAAAGUAAAAAUGGAGGAAUUUCAAAUUCAAUGAAACCCAUGUCAGCAUCAGAAGAACGUGAAAUAGACAAUGCCAUAGCUUUAGCCAAUGAAUUUGCUGCAUUAAAUGCCGCGGACACAAUUGUAAGUACGUCACCGCACAGCCGUACGGACUCGGAGAGCGGUUGUGAAUCGCCUCGAUCCAAACUACCGUUCAAACUACCCACGUUACGUCGGAGUCCAAAACCUGAGAAGCCAUCUUUCUCGGAUGAGAUGGCGAACAUUUCAGACGCGAGUGAGGAGUUAAAUACCCCUGAAGCCCAGGAGGCGUACAAUCUUUUAGUUGCUCGAGGUUCGGGCGGUUCAGGACCGAAAUGUGAGAGUCCGAGUCGGCGAGAACGACCAAAACAUUAUCGCCAACAGCGUGUGAAACGCCAAAUGGAGUGUGAGAAACGUCUUUCUGAUUCGGAUGCGGAUAGCCGCAGUACAUCAUCGUCCGAGGGGCGUGGUCGAAAUUCUUUGAUAUUGCGCAAGGAGGGAAUCAGUGAGCCCGAAUCGGAUGGCAGUAGUCAUAAUAUCAGUAAGGAACGUAGCCCCUGCAGCUCGAUACCUGAGAUCAGUACGUUUAGUUACGAGCGCAGCCCUGUUUCAUCGAUAGCUGAGAUUAGUAAAGACCGGAGCCCGGUCAGUUCUGGUGCUGAGGAUAAACCGGAAUGCCCGGUGAUUCCGCCUAAGCCGACGCCAAGCCCUACAAAUGCUCAAAAUAUGAAAACUAGUCCUUUUACGUCCGAGGGUAAAAGCUUCAUUUCUGCCCCUAUGGAAAUAGGUACGCUCGAACGAAAACGUAUCGGGAAUGUCGAAUUAAAAAGUAUCGAACAUGUUCAAGCAUCAAGUAGGAUAUCAUUAUCUAAUGCCCAACCACUUGUGAAGCCUCUCACGCGGCGCCCAGCACCGGACCCAAAACAGGAAUCUGGGGAGCCGGCAGAAGUUGACACUAAUCCGUUACGGCGGCUGCGAUCGGGAAAUGCUGUACCGGUGUUCCGUGCAACAGCCCGUACUGCGGGUGCACGGAAAUUCUCCUGCCCUGACGACAACGCGUCGUCGUUCGCAAUGACGCGACGAAAAGUUUCGCUACCGACCAGUCGGGAUGAGGGUAUUGGUGCUGUAGACGGAGGAAAGAGCCCAAAUGCGGAGGAAACAUCUGGAGUCGAUCCUCCUCCAUUACCGCCUCGGGAUCGAUCACGGCCGACGACACUCAACACCAAGCCACGACAGAGGAAAUACCCGCUCGUCAUUGACCAGAGCGUCGCAACUUCCACUUAUCAAAACGCGUGUCCUAAUGGCCGCAGUGCGCGCACAUCCGAUGAGGAUAAUUUUGCAAGCGCACCGGAGGAUGCGAAGGAAAAUGGAGACACAAACGGAAACUCAACGAAAACUGGAUACACAAUGCUCGCUAACUGUACAGCGGAACAAUUAGGAUUUCUGGAUGACCUUGACCCAUUCUGGAGUCAGAAGGUGACCUUUGAUGGAUCAAAUGACCUUGAGGAGACGGAUGGUAUGCCGAAGAUGACUGCCAAGUAUAAGAUGCCGGACAGCAAUGUGAGCUAUGAAGAUCUGCUCGACUUUGCUCUGGAUAAAGGAGAUUCUAAGGAGCAGACGUCGGCUUGUGAUGAAGUUCGGCUGAUGCAACGGGUGCUAUCGAAAGAGGUUACCAUCGGCGACUGUCUAAACGCGCUGGACGAGACGCGCUGGGAUGUCCACAAUGCAAUAAAAUACGUCAAACUACGCCAAGUGCUGAGUUUGCAAUGCGGUGACAUUGACGUUUGUAAGGAGGCGCUCCUGAGGAGUAACUGGGACGUCGCCAAGGCUGCCAACUUUAUGAUUGAGCACCCGUUGACGAGUCCAGAAUGUGUCGAUGUGUAGUCGAGCUCGAUGUGUGUCGGUCUUUCGUCAUGGUGCAUUUGAAUCGAAUCUGCUUUAUAUUAGCUCGAGGACAUUCUAGAAAUCUUAUCAAAGUCUGUUGUAUGGUUGUGACCACGAAUUCUAUUGUAAGGUAUUUUUAAAUGAUUUGAAAUAAAUCUCACCUUAAAAUAUUGGCACCGUCAUAACCAUGUUGAAUGUGAAAAUUGGAAUUAAUAGAUUUUUCAUCCGAAUUUCACGACUUGUUCUGAAUACAUUUUAAAGUACCCUAAUUGCUCAUUAAAGUUUUCCUUAUCCAACUUGUAUUUUAUGAAUACAUCAACAUACAAAUUUCACAUCAUGUUAAGAAAAUCAGACUGCAAUGAUUUUGUGAUGUCUUCAUCGGUCCAGCAUCUGUUAUCUACUGUUUCCAUGGUCACCGUGGCUAGGUUGCUGUGGCGUUGUCAUAGCAACAUCAUUGCUAUGGUUACCACUUUGUUGAUCUUUGAUCCUCUGUCUUCUGCUGCUGUUGUUAGGGAAGAAUAAUAGGGGCAGCUCAGUUGGUGAUUCAACCCAAUCUUGCCAGCAGAAGUCUCACAAAUUCAAACAAGCAUGGACUUGUUCAAAUCCAGUUUGAGAGUUUGACCUUGAACAUACCCUUGGCCUUGAACUUGCUCCAAAUAUUUUGAAAUUGAUGGAGAGACCUCUGGUGGCAGUUGGUAAAGACUUGAUGCAUUUUCGCUGUUGGUGCAUAAUCGUUUAUGCAGUUUGGAGAGUACUGUUGAUAUUGUUUAGGACUAAUGUCCUUGGUGAUAUUGUUACUCAGUGUCAAGGUCACUUUGAAGGGUCAAGGUUAAAAAUUUGUGUUGUAGAAAAAAAAAUAUGGAGGGCUUUGUGCAUUAUGUACCCAUGUAAAAAGAUAUAUUAAACUUUUGAGCAAAUCUUAAAUUACAAUCGCUUUUUUCGAGAAAGUGUUGCUUCUUUUGAAAAAAUAUUUAGUACAUGUUUGCUGUUUUGCAAGUGGAACAACUGAUCUUGUUCAAAAUGUUGGCAUUACUUUUUUUUCGGGUGUUAUCAAGUGAUCCAAGGGAUCACUUGUUAGUCUGCUGAACUUCUUGGAGAAGGUGUCUCACAAACGGAUCACAUAAGCAUCAGAUUGGUUGACAGUCUUGUUUCAAGUAAAACUGUUAUUGGAUGUAGUCGAUCCACAAUCACCACAACCUUUCUAAUUCUUGUUGGGUCCCAAAAUCAUAUUUAACUUUUGACAAACUCGGUCAAGUGGUUUGUGUUUGACAGCCCGAAAGGCUGUGAGCAUUUACUUCUGACAGCGACAAUAGGUACAAAGCUUUAUUUCUUUUUCUCCACUUUUAUUAUUGCAUCAUGUGCUGACUAGGGUACGAACAUGGGGACAUUCAACCUUUCUGAUUGGUCAAUGCAGGAAACUGACUUUUCUGAGAAAGGAAAUUUUAAAGACAGUCGUACAUUGUCGACUCUGUACAGCUUCUAGUUGAUAGUUUCAGCCAAAAACGCAUUAGUUCGGUUCUGUUAAUAUUUUCAUGUUUUGUGUAUAAAAUGUAAUAUAACUCUCAUGUAAACUUUAAUACUGCCAAAUCGUUAUUGACAUUCUUUGUUAAAACACAUUAUUGUUUCAAAGAAAUUGUCUCAUUCUACAGGAUGGGCCAAAAAGAUCAUAUUUUGACUAAAUCAUGUGUGGUUAGACUCAAACAUGUGAAGGUAGCAGCCCUGUGAGGAUAGAUUGCCAGGUUCUGUCUGGAUCAGUAUCACUUCACAGAAUUACAUUUUUGGACCAGUAUACAUGUUGUCAAAAAUUGGGUCAGCUACGUAUGAUUUUGGUAAAAUCUACUCAGAAGACUUUUUGUUACACCCUGUAUAAUGCCCUGUACCCAGCGAUCAUUGUUAAUAUUUUCACAGUUGCAUAAGAUGAUAGAACCGGUUGCAAUUGGGGUAAAAUCAAUGUCGGCCUGGGAUUUUCAGCUAAGGGCAGGCCUCUCAUGUUCAGUUUUGGUUACGAAUGUCAACCAGGGACAUUCAGUUGGGGGAAGAGUCCUGUCACAAUCACAGACCAUUCACAGUCCGGGAGUUUGAUUUCAAUUUUUUUGAUUUUCCCUUCAGACUUUUCAGCUUCUCUUUGAGGUCAGAUAGCAUUAUGCUUCUUUCAUUGCUUCAUGUUCGUCUCCUCAUAAUUUGACCACUGUUUAGAUAAUUUGACCACAAGUCUAACGCACACUCUCAUGCCCUUUUUCAUGACAUCAAUUUUUAGUUAAGACGUCAUUCAGGCCAUCAUGGCGUAUUUUCUGAGCUAUGUUUUUCCUUGGGCGCAGCGCUCUCACAUCAAACUGUCUAAACUGGUCCAAGGUAACUUUUUAGAGGGAAAAUACAAUUAUGAUAAGGGCUUCAGUUGGGUGAUUAAUAUAUUGGUGACUGUAUAAGAAAUAAGGUUUUCUCAUCAUGUGCAAUUAUUUCUUGAUAAAGUUGAGAUUUUUGACUUUCCUUGUAUAAAAACAUGUAUAAGCUUAUGAUUAACACUAAUGCCCAGUAGAACAUUGUAUACUGUACACAGCCUCACUUCAUGAUAACAUUUGAGAAGAAGUUUUGCAGCUCUGAAUAAUGUGCAUUCAAGUUCAGUUGUUUUUUCCCUGGGCACUCUCUCAACCCUGGAGGCUGAUGCUAUUUUCUGGCCAACUCUGAGGUGUUCUCUGUAUUUUCCAGUCAGGUACAACAUGAAUGCACAGCUCUGCUGAAAUCUUUUUGUUUUUACCGAAUGGAGAUUAGUUUGGUCCUCGAAAUAUUCAAUUCAUUAUGAGACGAAAUCUUCUCGACCUAUAUGAUACAAACUAUGAAGUGUUAACAGUACGACAGUGUCUACUACUAAAGUCAAUUAUUAAUAGCAUUAGUAACUAACAAUUAAAUUUGACUUCACAGCAAGGCCAACUUUUACCUGUAAUAGGCCCUGGUGUCAGAUGCAGCUCAACCAGCAUAUUGGUGUUGACAUACAUGUAGCUGAGUUGAUCUGUGGGUGUAAAGAGAACAUUAUACAGGUUGACCCAAUAAAAAUGGCCCCAAAAAAUCGAUGCACGUACCAUUACAAAUGAAAACAUUCCUACUGGGACACCCUGUAGAAUUGGUCUGGUGGUCUUGUUGUGAAGCCAACUCUUUUAUUAAUUGACACGUAAUUAAUUACGACUUAUUUACUCGAACGAGAUCAUCAUUAUCAGAUUGUGGUCAUGUCUAAUAAAAUUCAGUCCACAGAUUCAGUCCAA